GCAGUCUACUGGAGAGGUGGUGGGUCCGGGUGAGGGUGACGCUCUGUCGGUCCGCUGCUGCCUCCCAGCCUCAUGAGCUGCACCAGAAUGAUCCAGGUUUUGGACCCACGUCCUCUGACGAGUUCAGUCAUGCCAAUGGAUAUGGCCAUGAGGUUUUGCCUGGCUCAUUCGCCACCUCUGAAGAGUUUCUUGGGCCCUUACAAUGACUUUCAACGAAAAAGUUUUGUGAAUAAAUUGAAGCCUUUGAAAUCAUGUCUCAACCUCAAACAGGAAGCCAAAUCACAGAAAGAAUGGAAACACGCACACAACCAAGCCAAGAAGCGGGUUGUAUUUGCCGACUCCAAGGGCCUCUCUCUCACUGCAGUCCAUGUUUUCUCUGACCUUCCAGAAGAACCUGCAUGGGACCUCCAGUUUGAUCUCUUGGACCUUAAUGAUAUCUCCUCUGGUUUAAAACUCCAUGAGGAGAAAACCCUGAUUUUAGAUUUUCCUCAGCCUUCAACUGAUUACUUAAGUUUCCGGAAUCAUUUUCAGAAGAACCUUGUCUGUCUGGAGAACUGCUCUUUGCAAGAACGAACAGUGACUGGGACAAUCAAAGUGAAGAACAUGAGCUUUGAAAAGAAGGUUCAGGUCCGCAUUACGUUUGACUCGUGGAAAAGCUAUACGGAUGUGGACUGUGUCUACAUGAAGAAUGUGUACGGCAGCUCAGAUAGCGACACCUUCUCCUUUGCCAUUGACUUACCCUCUGUCAUCCCAAUUGAGGAGAAAAUUGAGUUCUGCAUUUCAUAUCAAGCUAAUGGGCAAGUCUUCUGGGACAACAACCAGGGCCAGAAUUACAGAAUUGUUCAUGUACAGUGGAAACCAGAUGGGGUGCAGAAACAGAUGGCACCCCAGGACUGUGCAUUCAACCAGAUGCCCCCCAAGACUGAGCUGGAGUCAACCAUCUUUGGCAGUCCGAGGUUGGCCAGUGGACUGUUCCCAGAAUGGCAGAGCUGGGGGAGAUUGGAGAAUUUGGCCUCUUACCGAUGAAUUAAGCAACCUAGUGACUGAUCUUGACCUGUGGUAGUCCCCAUGCAAUUCUAUAUCUGUAUUGCUCAAUAUUAGGAAGCCUUUGCUACUUUCUACUGAUAAGUUUAGGUUUGAACCUUCAGGGCCUGGCAACAGAAAAAUAGGAGCCACUUGAGAAGUUAGUGUUGGUAUCCAGACAGAUGAUUCUACUCAUCAUUUUGUUCUAGAUGAUCAAGUAACUGCCUGAGAACUAUUACUGUUUAAGUAAUCUUUUUUUUUUUCUUUCCAGUGUCCUUUCCGUCUUCCCUCUCGGUUACUAGCUUUCACAUUGGGCAAGAAAAAGUUGAAGAAGGACAGUUGAUGGUGAUGGAAAGCUGUGUUAAUGGUGUGAGGAGGAGUGUGUGAAAGGGGUAUGCAAAUAGCUCUGAGGCUUGAGUCAGAGUAGGAGUGGAGGUCUGAACAUUUCAUUGUUGGUGAAACUGUAAGGUUAUUUUUGUGUUUUGAAGUUGGGUUUACAACUAUUUCUCCUGGAGAAAUAACUCAGAAGAGAGGGAAGAGGUCUAUUCUAUGUAUUCUUGUGGAGAAAAGCCAAAUAAACUUUUAGGAUAUUGGAUGGUGUUUUGGGAAGAUGAACUAUAAUUUUGGAGACUCAAGACCUUAAGUAAAGCCUUUCUGUUUAAUCAUGGUCUAUUUAAAAAAAAAACUCACGAUUUGUGGCAAGCUUAACUGAAUCUGUCUUUGAAGUCAUAAUAUUAUAAAUGACUUUGUGAUCAAGGCAUUGUACUUGGGUUCUUGGUAUAGAAUGUUAUAACCAACUAUUCAUGCCAUUUCCAGUGGCUAACAGCACACAAGAAUCCACAUAUGUCAAAGAUGGUUCUUUACAAGUGCCUUGAUUAAACCAAAAAUAAUGUAGUUGUUUAACCCAAUAUCUUAUAAUGCAUGAGUUUCUGACCUUACACAAAGGUCCACUCACUGGCAUUGUUCCUGAAGUACUGUUCUACCUUCAAGAUUGUUGUCAGUGUACACAACUCACAUCCUUCAUAUUGAAGGUGAGUCAUCUUCCUGUCAUGCUUUUUUGAUAUUAUGUUUGAAGUGAGGACUGACAUUAAGAUUCUCAAUACCAGAAUCCAGUACCUUGCACAUAGAAGGAGCAGUCUAUUUUGUUGCCGUUUUUGUGUUGUUUUACUUUCCUUUGAAGUCAAAUGCUGCUGCUCUUUUUUUUUUUUAUAUAUUUAAAGAAAGGAUGUGAAUUCUUUUUUUGGGUGUGAAUUCUUUUCAUGUAUGCAUAAAUCCAUUCAGGAAGAUCUUGAGGACUAGAGUCCUGAAAUGUUUGAUUCAGCCUUGUGCAUGUCUAUUGAGAAAUGUUAAGAGAAUGCAGUUAAUUUCUACUAUGCUGGAAAAGUGGUGUUCGAGUAACUCAGCUAUAACUGUAUUUGAGCUUUUACUAGUGUCCAUGAUUUUUCUACUGCAAAUAUUUCAGUUUCUUUUAACUAUCCUUUAGGAGCUUCUCACUUUAGGAAUAAAUGUGUUUGAUAGAAGA